AUGGCCACGACAAGAACGAAACCCGAUGCCUUGGAUGCCUUGGAUGCCAUGGUCGCGCGUGGGCAGCACCGUCGACGUCUGCGAUGCCAAGUCGCCCACGUUUCGCCUUUGUCACGGAGCAAGUCAUGGACCGCUGCUUCUGCCGGACUGGAAAAGGCCAAGUGGAUCAAAGCCCGCCUUGGUGCGCAAAAGAGGUUAGCUGAAGGGUCAAGUUUCCUAUCAAAUCCAACGUUGAAGGUUGAGUUUACCUUUUUGAGCAGAUUGUUACACCGUCGACGCUUCGGCUCGCAUUGCCCUGCCGCCUUCACACGAGGACCGGCGGAUGUAACCCGCGCAACGAGGGCUUUGCAUGGCCACGAUGGCGCAGAGCGCAUUUCCCUCACGUUUGCCCCUGUUUUAAGAACAGGGGCUGGCGCAUCCUGGCCAAGCAUCGUGGCCGAAAGCAUGAAAGCCGGUGGGCCAUGGCACAUGCGAUUAUGCAGCAUACACAUGGGGGAAUAG